AUGACUGAUACGCAAACGCUCGCCGAACGUCCUGGAGGCGCGCACAGCGUAGCGGACUAUCUCUCCAAGCCUAGACAGUCGCUCGAGCAGUCCUCGUACACGGCCGCGCUUUGCUCUCAGUACCAGCCAGGACUGGCUUAUACCAUGACUGGCCCGCCAUCCCAGUUGCAAACUUUCAAUCUAGCCGUUGAGAUGGACACGAGCCAUUGUUAUCCUCCCUUGUCCUUGACGUCAGAUUCUUUCAUGCCAGCUCAAAUGUCGGAGACUUUUGUACACUCACCUCUGCACCGGACGCAUGCGUCUCUUCCAUCGACACUGUCUUCAGAAGGCGCCCUAGGUUCGGCUUUCGAGGUUACCACGGCCUUACUGCAACGCGCCAUGACUAGACGGACAUAUACGGAUGCCGCCUUGCAUUCCCCAUCUGUGCCGAGUGGACGUCCGGACGAGGAGCCCGCGAUUGCACCGGCUGUAACUGGGUUCGCCGCAGGGACUGAGCCAGAAUGUGACGUGGCUCACAGCGACGCGCCGGGUCUAGCGGUCUGUCUACCCCACACAACGCCUCACGAUCCAGGCCAGCGUGGGGUCACCCCAGCCCCCACCCCCACUUCUUUGAAUGCUUCAUCCGUCGAGGACGCUCCCGAGAUCCUCCCAGUGAAUGCUUCGGCGACACAAUGCCUAAUGACGCUUCGUGAUGCGACCACUCAACCCUCAUAUCAGCUUGGGACCGUCGACGGAGUUGAUACCACCAUUCCCAAAUCAGACGCUCAAGCGGCGCUUGCCUGCAUGCAUCCAAGCUUCAUCUAUGUAUACGGAACGUCGAAUACGCUGCCCGCGAUCCCUGAUAGGGUUUCGCCGAAGCCGCCCACCCCUGCUUCUUUUCGCUGUCUCCGACCAAGCUGCAAUAGGUCUUUCAAGAAGAGGAGCAGCCUCAAAUAUCACCUCGAGAUUGGGUGGUGUGCUGGCGCUCCAUCCGGAGAACUCAGGACUACGCAAGUUGUACUUGCCCUACGCGGGCUGUCGGAUGAGAGUGAACUCUCCAAAGACGAGGCGCGCGAAGUGAAACAAGAGGUUCAACGUCGCCUCCGCCCCUUUGGCUGCGACGUAGAUGAUUGCCCGCAUCGAUACAGGAGCAUGAGCGGCUUGCGUUAUCACUAUCGCCGCUCGGGACAGCAUGGCAUCGAAGGUCUUCGUCUCCUCGCGUCCGGGCAGCACGAAUGCCUUCGAAAUCGGACUGGCCGUGCGCUCCAUGCAACUCAGACAGCAGCAACGAUCGCGCUGUUGGCUUCUAGUUAA